CCUCAGAGGGCGCAUUCAUUCGCUGAAAAUCUGAAAAUGCGAUGAAAAUACGUUAAAAUAUUGUUCAUUUUGUGCAACUGUGUUGUGCUAUAGCCGUGGAUAUAUUUUUAUUUAGGUAGCCGACGCUCGCGUUCUAUGCUGAUAAGAUAAGAUAAUAAGAUGCGACAAGGGCAUAUGAUAGUGUUCAGAGUAAAGCGAUGUGGACACAAGAACGGUCCUACAGUGAAUUACUAAACGUAAUAAUAAAAACUACAAAGACUUCAAACUAAAAAAAAAAAAGCACAAAAACAUGAUCACAUGACAUUCUCAAGUGUAGAUUAAAAAUAUAUUGUGCCAGUGUGUUAAAAAUUUGAAUAAAGACUUAGGUAUGUGUAAAAUAGUGUGGUGGAAAUGAAAUACGAAUUCGAAAUUUGAUAAUGACAAAACAGUUGUGAGGCAAAAGCCGUUAUUUUGUGGAAAGUGUAAAUUAAAAUGGUGUAUUAGUGUUUGUGAAAAAAUGGGUUGCCAGUUGGGUAAACUAGCGGCGUCUGAGAGGCGUGGCAACAACGCUGGGCCGGCUAUUAGUGAUGGGCCACCGCCGGCCACGGACCCUCGACUCCCAUUGACAGCGAAGCAGAAAUACUCGAUGCUCGCAUCGUGGAAGGGGAUCUCUAGAGCUAUGGAGAAGACUGGCAUCUGUAUGUUUAUAAAAUUAUUCGAGGAAAACCAAGAUCUACUAAACAUGUUUGAAAAAUUCCGCCAAUGCCGGACGAAGGAAGAACAAAUCAACUCUAUGGAGCUUGCAGAGCAUGCCAACAAUGUGAUGAACACCUUGGAUGAAGGUAUCAAGGGUCUAGAUGACCUGGACAACUUCUUUGGCUAUAUACAUCAAGUUGGAGCCAGCCACAGAAGAAUACCUGGAUUCAAGGUCGAAUACUUUUGGAAAAUUGAAGCACCGUUCCUAGCUGCCGUGGAGUCGACCUUGGGCGACCGUUACACUCCCAACGUUGAGAAUAUCUACAAAAUUACCAUCAAGUUUAUACUAGAAACACUCAUAGAAGGAUAUGAGGCUGCUGGCAAGCAUCCUACGUGAGCUCAGCUAUGUACAGAAACAAAAUAAAAAAACAAAAGAGAACUGAGCACUUGAAAGAAAAUCACGAGUCAGUUUUUAACGAAAAUAACAAAAAAACGACUUGCAGCCGCCAUGUUGAAAAUUUUAAAAUGGAACUACCAUUCCAAAUUCGAAGCUAAAACGCCACUAUAAAAAAUUAAUGUCAAUUUAAAACGAGAUUUUAAAAAGUGAAGUGUACAGACGUUUACAAAAUGCAUCGUGAAUUAUGUGUAUAAUGUGAAUAAUUCUAUAAUUGUGUAUAGUUGUCACUGUUCUUUUUCGCUCGUCUGUAUUUAGACUGGUAAAUUGGGACUAACUGUUCAGUACGGGAACAUAACUGAGUAUUAGAGCGCUUUUUCGAAUAGCAACAUAAUUUUAAUAAUAGGAACAAAAUGUAGAUAAAAUAGUAAAAAAAUAUGUGUGUUAAAUUAAGGAAUUUUAAACCAAAUAACUUUUUUAAAUGUCGCAAAACGCUUGUUAGUACUAAUUUAAUGUUAAAUAAUUAUUUAUUGUAAUGAUAUUCUUCUUGACGUCCUUAUUGUUGGCUGGACCAACCGUCGUAUGUUUUAUUGUUUAAACAAUUAAUAAUUCGGCAUAAUUAUUGUUAAAUUGCGUCUUCCGUGCGUGAAUGUUGUAAUACUUAGACUAAGUAUUAAGUUAAAGAAUUUAAACAUUGUUAUAAUUUAACCGAAAUAUUAAUUACACGGAAGAUUUUGUUUUAAUUAUUUAUAACUAUAUUUAAACUUUCCAAGGUGGAAAUGAAACACAGAACAGUACUAUCUACUAGUGUACUAUCAACUUUUAAUAUUUUUUUACUAAGUACUAUAAUCUCUAUAGAAUAUGUCUUAUAAGCACAAAAACUGAACAACAUACAUAUAUAAAUACCACUCUAUGAAAUAUAUUUUCUGAAACUAUCUUAUAUAAGUACCGUGUAGUACUUGAAAUAUUGAUUUAUAUAAAUUUCAUAUAAAUGUAUAACUUAUAAUUCUCUGGGAUGUAUAAGUCGCCAUCUUUUAUAUAAAAAAUUAGAAUAUUUACGUUGGAAUGUUAAAAGUUUGGCAUUAAUUCGUGUUGGUAGUCAAUUUCUGUACUAAAAGAGUACCUAUAUACCUACAUGAAAUCUUUCCUUUGUAUUCUUCAAUAGAAAUGUCCAAUGUCAAUUUAUUUCAACUUGGAUAAUAAUAUUCAUAUUUAUUCUCGAAAAUAUCGAUGUCAAUGUCUAGCUGCCUCUAUUGCCUAGCUGUCACAAUUAUUAUAAAAUAUUAAUGUUAAAAUCUGGUUUCGACAGGACUUCUUUGUUCUUAUUUUAACGUUGUAUUUAAUCUAUUGGAAAAUGUAAGUAUUCAAGAAUUAUUUAUUUUAUUUCAAGUGACUUGUAAACUGAUAACAUUUGCUUGUUAUAAAACUGAUAUAGGUACUGUAUCGACUUACAACUUCACACACAUCACACAUCAACAGCCUAUAAUGCCCACUGCUAACCAAAAGACUCUCCUCACACGGUUCUCCGUGAGCAUUAAUCACCACGCUUGCUCAAUAUGGGUUGGCGAUUUCAAACUUAUAAUUAGAAAUUAUAAGCCCAGGUUUUCUCACGAUGUUUUCCUUGUGGUUGACGACCGAUUGUCAGUAGUAUCUGAAUAAUCUUAGAAAGUACAACUUCAACUGACUUUAAAGAACUAAUAAAAUAUACAAACAUAAAUUAUUAUG